AUGUCCAGCAAGCCGCCGUCAACCUCGUUCGCUGCCACCCGUCUGAAUCGGACCACGUUCCUGAUCGAAGAAGAUGACAGCCUCAACGAGCAUCCCUUCAUCUACGCCAAGUUGCACCCGCGCCUGCCUCUCCUAAUCCUGUCCGACACGGGGUGCAACUCGCCGCGCGACUCUUCGGUGCAAAUCUCCAAGCUGCGCACCUUUCUCGAGGAAUCCCCCGUCGCCGCCAACGCCGACAGACCGCUCAAUCCGCGCGACCAGUAUGGCCAUCCCGAGCGCCAGUACAUCGUGCUGGUGACGCAUUGCCACUACGACCACAUUGGCGGCAUUGAACAGUUCCCCACCAUCCCCCUCUCGCAGUCGCUGGCUCUGGCCCGGUCCAUGCAAGGCUCCGACUCUGCCUCCAAGCCGCUCGCUGCAUGCACCAUUGUUGCCUCGGCCCAUUGCGAGUCGUUCGUCACUCAGCACCUGGACGAACACUCGCUGUGCAAAUUCUACGGGCUCAAGGUCCCCAAGUACCGCGUGUCGCGCUGGGCAAAGGACGGUGAGGCCCUGGUGCACGACGGCCAGAAGAUCGACGUGACAGUGCUGCAUACGCCAGGGCACACGCCCGAUGAGCUGGCAUGGUACGAUCACGACGAACGCUUCCUUUACGUCGGCGACUCGUUCUACGAGCGCGGACCCUACGGCAUGGCCAUCAUCUUCCCCAAGGAGGGCGACUGGGUCGAUUUCAUGGGCUCGCUGGACAAGCUGCUGCGCUUCGUGCGCCGUGAGAACGAGUAUAUGCUGGCCGACAUGCUCAACUACUACAACCAUGACUUUGCCGGCAUGCAUCGCCGCGUGAAGCUGUGCUGCGGACACUGCACCUCGGAGGCCGAGGCCGAGGAGAUGUUGGAAGCCGUUCACUCGCUCUUCGAGCGCAUUCUUGCCGGCAAGGUUCCCGUCACGCGCUCUGAAACGUACAGGGACGAGAUCUACGACACUUGGACAGAUGGCGGCGAGGAAGCGCGCUUCGCGGUGCGCGCCCCGAGAAGGUUGGCCGUGGAGGCACGCAAGCAGCUGGCCGAUCGGGCCAUGGUGCGGUCUAUUUCUUGA